CUGCUCCCACCGCCGACCCCUCUACUGCUCCCACCACUAACACCUCCAUUCCUCCGACCUGGUCCGCCGACCCCUCCACAACCUCCCCUCACAAAGUCGCGGACGUUGAAGAGGAAGGAGCUCGCCACGGGUGCUGUCGUCGCCGACGUAGAGGAAGGGGUCCGACCGCCGGUCGCGGACGGGGUCCGACCGCCGGUCGCGGACGGGGUCCGACCGCCGGUCGCGGAUGGGGUCCGACCGCCGGAAGCGGACGGGGUCCGAUCGCCCUUCGCGGACGGGGUCCGAAAUCCAUCGGCGGACCGCUGGUUCAGUCAUCAGUCCGAUUCUCUGAGUAAACAGAGAGAUAGAUCGGAGAAAAAGAUGACGGCAAUGAGUUAUUUCCUAGAAUCAGUGCUUCCAUUUUCAGUCAUGGUUGGUCUCGAGCUCAUCAGCGUUGCGCUAAACACCCUGUUCAAAGCUGCGACGUUGCAGGGCAUGAGCUACCAUGUCUUCGUCGUCUACGACUACGCUACCGCCGCCCUCGUACUCCUCCCAGCUGUUUACAUCUCUCGCAGAUCCACAAGUACUCUUCCUCCUUUGACUUCUCGCAUGAUAUGGAAAAUUUGUCUUCUUGGGAUCAUUGGGGGAGCAUCUAAGAUGAUGGGGUACACGGGGAUCAAUUUCAGUUCACCAACACUGUCUUCAGCCUUAAGCAACCUCACUCCAGCUUUUACAUUCAUAUUUGCCGUCAUGUUCAGAAUGGAAAAGGUUACAAUGAGGAGAAGAUCAAGCCAGGCCAAAAUUGUGGGCACCAUAGCUGCAAUCACAGGUGCAUUUGUUAUAACCUUCUACAAAGGUCCUCCAAUUUCCUUUGCCACCACUACACCACCAUCAUCAGUUCUUUCUCAACUUGAUCAACAACCUUUUCAAGUCUCGUCAUCGACAACCCCGAAUUGGAUUCUUGGUUCCGUUUUUCUGACCAUUCAAUACAUACUAAUUCCACUCUGGUGUGUUGUUCUGACUCAGAUAAUGGAGGAAUACCCUGCAGAACUCACGGUAACCUUUCUAUACGACUUGGUAGUAUGCGUCUUUGCAGCAGUUGUUGCUUUGAUUGCUGAAGGAACAUCAUCGAGCGCCUGGUUGCUUAGUUCGAGGAUUGCAUUUGCCUCGGUGUUAUGCUCGGGAGUGUUCGGAUCAUGCAUGAGCAAUGCUAUCGAUGCAUGGGCGCUAAGGGUUAAGGGGCCUCUAUUUGUGGCAAUGUUCAGUCCAUUUUCCAUGGUGAUUGCUGUUGUCAUGGGGGUGGUGUUUCUGGGGGAUCCACUGCUUCUUGGAAGCCUAAUUGGAGCAACAAUCAUAUCCGCCGGGUUCUACAUGUUGAUGUGGGGAAAGGCGAAAGAGAUCGAUAAUAGUGAGACCAAAUUAGAAGAAGAUCCGUGUCACAAUAGCAGCAGCCUUCAGGCACCCCAGUCUGGAGAGGAUGUUCAUGCCCCUUUGCUGCAAAGCUACAAAACUGAACAAGUGUAACAUGAAUUCAUGUGCAUGAAAUCUGUAUCUUGGACUUGUAUAAUGUACAGUUUGGUUCAAGUAACCUCUUAAGAGUUAAGAACCAUUAACGAAGCAUGAAACCUGGGCUGUUCAAAUUCAGCUUCCAUUUGUAUAAUUGUAUCCCUCUGCAUAUGUAAAAGAGUGAGAGCAGCAGAAAGGUUUCUGUUUUACUGUAUUCUGUUGAGUGAAAUGAAAGAAACCUACUAAUUGUCAG